UGUGCGGGUGCGUUGUGUGUUGGAUAGAAAGUCAGCCUGGUUUCCAGCUGAGUGCUUGCUCUCUCGCAGCGUGUGUGUGUGUGUGUGUGUGUGUGCGUGUGCGUGUGUGUGUUGUCAUUAUUAUCCACUCUGCUCCCAGCUCAGAAUGGCCAGAUUCACUCAGACUGAAACAAGAAGGCAGCACCAUCCACAGCAGUCCCAGCCCGCUCACUCCAGCCUGGUUUUCACCGGACCGGGGGCACCACCGACCCACCAACCAUUCCUACUUCUCCCACAUCAGCACCAGUACCCUCAGCUCACAUUCCCGAAACCCAUGAACGGGUCAGAACCCAUUUCAAUUCAUCCGGAGAGCGGCAACAUGAAAGACCAAGAUGCCAUUAAGCUGUUUAUCGGGCAGAUACCGAGGAACUUGGAGGAAAAAGACCUGAAACCCCUGUUUGAACAGUUUGGGAAAAUCCACGAACUGACAGUUCUCAAGGACCGAUACACCGGCAUGCACAAAGGUUGUGCAUUCCUCACCUACUGCGCCCGUGAGUCUGCCAUCAAGGCCCAAAACGCCCUCCAUGAACAGAAAACACUGCCAGGGGUACGUAUUUGUCUUUUUUCCCCCCCUCCUCUAUUGACUCCUCCUCUCUCCCCUCCAUGGUGGUCAGCGGUGCCAUCUGCACCCGGCUGCACACCAGCCGGUAUUAUCCUUCUGUAGUCACCAGAGAUGAAAAACACUUUGGAAAGCUUUUCAAUCAAUAGCCUAGCCUUUUGAAGGCCAGUUUUCAACUAUUCCAUGUGUCUCUCCUCAAGGGGAUAUUCUCGAGCAUUGAUCAGAACCUUCUCUGCCUCAUACCUUUUAACCAAAAGCAGAGAAUGGUAUAGAAAUAGAAAGCUCUGUAGUUCAGAGUCUAGAGUUCAAUAAAACCCUGUGAAGAGGCAUUAAUCUUAUUUUUGCAUUUUGUUUGCUGUACGUGCAUUUUGGCACGCCCGUGUGCAUUUGUUGGAUCAGUGUUUAAAAAGACAGUGACAGAAAUAAGACAAUUGGGUUGUACCAAACUGCAUCAAUAGAUAACUAUAAACCCCACAAGCCCUAAGACCCAAAGACAAAGACCCUGGCACACGCAACCAAAAGUCCUAUUUUAGAGUUGGAAGGAGACUACAACUAUUGAUGUAGAGCCCUUUAUUUCCACUAGCUUCCUUGAAAAACAAGUUGUUUCAUUUAUCCUGCAAAUUAACCAAGCAUGAGGCUAGAGGGCAUUUUCUGAUUUUUUUUUCUUUUUUUUUUUUUCUCUGAGCUGCAUUUAAAUAAUAGGAAAGAAGAGAAAUUAUGAAAAUUUUCCUUGCCCAGUAGAACUGGGCUACGUUCAAGGGAACUUAGUUUCUGAACCAGUCUUGUACAAAAAGGAGAUUUUUUAUUAUAUAUAUAUUUUUACAUUUAGGUUUACUAUUCAGUAAAUUUAUCUAACGCCCAGAUGUACAUCUUACAUUUGUGAUUUAUAUUUAAUCAGUCUUAUACUCUACAUUAUAAUGAUGCUUUUGUCUUUCUCAUUUUUUGUGACUUGUCAUUUCUAAAAAUCCAUUCAGCAUCACCCAGGAAUGAUGGAAAAAGGAAAAGUACAAGAAUCUGUUUUAUUAAUCACAAUUUAUGCCAAAAAGAAACAAUUUGCAAACAUAAAUUAACACCAUUAAAAGAAAUUCAAGAUAGCGAACCUUCGCCCUGAUCAAAAAGAACCAGGAUAUUUCUGAAAGACAGAAAGCUCACGUUUUUGUGUCCACUUCUCUUAAAUGACAAUGAAUACUUGUUCACAGGAUUGCCUUAAUAUAAUAUUUUUUUGAUAAGGAGAAUUUACACUGAUCAACUCUAAAACUUGAUUGAUUUAGUUAAAUAAUAGGACAUAUCACAAACAUUUCCCACCAUUUUUGGUCCAUACGUGAAACCGACGGAUGGACUAGAGUCCCUCUCUUUUACACAACAUAAUUCCCAGGAAUACAAAUCACAAUUGUUCAUUUAAUUAAUGAGUCAGACCUCAAAGAACAAACAGAAAUUGGUAUUGGCCUGGAACAGCCUGACUGGUGCAUAUGCCUUAUAUAAAAUAAUUGCAUGGUUACAAUUUUUCUGCUCAGCCAAACAGAGAUGCACAAACACACGCACACACCCAUACACACACACACACACACGCACAUACACGAACGACCAAACAGUACAACAAAUCGAUAUGGGUGAAAUGUCACCUGCAUAUUCCCGAGUCCCCAUCAUAAACUUAAACAUUUUAAAUAAGGAAUGAAAAUGUGAUAUUUAAAAAUGUCUGUUUACUAGUAUGUAACUCAGUGUUCCCAUUGCAGCAGCAAAGAGUCAAAUGAAAAAUAAGCUUAACAUUUUAUGAAAAAAGGUUCAAACAGCCUAAACUUAAAUCAGGUGUGUUCGACCAGGACCUCUAAAGUUUGUAGGACGUUGUGCCCCGGAGGAGCAGAGAUGGGAAACAUUACUUUAGGAGGCCCCCUGCAGUGAAAAUAAUCCUCUAACAUCCGUUUGAACCAUUCAGUCAGAAUGUGGGUAUGGCUUUCCAUUUAAGGAACGUAAAUUUAUACCCAUAACCCAGGAUCGGGUUAAAAAGUUGUACUCCGACUAAGCCUGACUUUGAAAGUCCUUAAUAGGCUAAAUUUAAACAGGACAUUUUGGCUGAAAA